AUGGUGUUCUUCUUGUCUUUGAAGGAGUCCCCAAGUUGGAGAGCAAUGCUUGCUGUUGUGUCUAUUCCUUCUGUUGCUUACUUUUUUCUAGCUGUGUUUUAUCUCCCUGAAUCUCCUCCUUGGCUUGUGAGUAAAGGGAGAAUCACUGAGGCUAAGAAAGUUCUGCAAAGACUUCGCGGCACCGAAGAUGUUUCAGGGGAACUGGCCUUGCUGGCUGAGGGUAUGAGUCCAGCGAGUGAAAGCACCACUGUAGAAGAGUACAUAGUAACCCCUGCCUGUGAUAUCAUGGCCAACAAGGAAGCAGGGAGGGAUUGCAUAAAGCUCUAUGGACCCAACCAAGGAGGAGUUUCAAUGGUUGCCCAACAAGUGAGUGGACAAGCUAGCAUGUCAUCUCGCAGCAUGUUAGGCUUGUCUCGCCAUGGAAGCGUUAUUGCUCAGGCUGAAAAUCUCAAAGACCCUCUAGUCAAUCUCUUUGGGAGCAUCCAUGACAUCAAUCCCCCCGUCCUUGAGCCUGGUGGUUCAAGAGCCAUGCUAAUGGGAGACACAUAUCAGAGCACUGACAAUUUGAAUGCUCCUUUACUUUCAUCACAAGGCAUUGUUGUGGACAGGGACAAGGCUUUAGGAACAGGGACUAAUGAUGGAAACCUAGUACCUAAGAACACUGACAUCGGUGGAGGUUGGAAAUUGGUUUAUAAAUCAGCUGAGAGUGGGAAAAAAGAAGGGGGGCUCCAAAGGGUUUAUCUGCGUGCAGAUCCUAAUGUAGUACCUCAACAAACUUCAUUUUAUGAGGGCCAUGACAUGAAUGCAGAUGGUAGUGAGGCUUUUCAGGCAUCUGCACUUGUCAGCCACUCAGUUCUCUGCCCUAAGAAUAUGAGCACGAAACCAGAAAAUGCUGCCAAACGUACAGGUUUUGCUGGUUUGUUAGAUAUAGGAGUCAGGCGGGCAUUAGUUGUUGGAAUUGGACUACAAGUUCUUCAGCAGGCUGCUGGCAUAAAUGGAUUUCUAUACUAUGCUCCCCAGAUUCUUGACCAGGCAGGUGUUGGGGCUCUUCUGUCAAAUUUCGGAAUUAGUUCAACAUCUGCUUCAUUACUUGUAAAUAUCGUUACAACAUUCGCAAUGCUUCCUUGUAUAACCAUUUCCAUGAGGCUCAUGGAUGUUGCUGGCAGGAGUCAACAAAAAAUGGCGAGCCACAUGAAUACUCCAUCCAAAAGUCAUACCUUCAGUGAUGUUCGGUCGGAAACAUGCGAGGUUGAAGAGAGUUGCUGCAGCCAUAACUUCUCCUUCAUGAUUCCUAAAGAUCACCCCAUACAUGUGCCACGUCCCAUCUUGACAAAGGCAUCAAAAUCACUUUUCUUAGCUAAAAUUUGUGGCAUACUCCGGGACUUGUUUCACAUGAGUUCUACCCUCAAUGCAAUAGUCACUGCAAUGAGUGUGAUGGUAUAUGAAAGCUGCUUCUGCAUGGGGUUGGGAGCAAUUCCCAACAUCUUGUGUUCAGAAAUCUUCCCAACAAGUGUUCGUGGAAUAUGCAUUUCUAUUUGCUCCCUUACGUUCUGGAUCAGCAUCUUGGUAGUGACUUCUUCCUUUCCCCACUUGCUCCAUGUCCUUGGGCUAACCGGGGUAUUUGGAUUAUUCGUAAUUGGGUGCAUCGCUGCAUGGAUAUUUGUCUACUUGAAAGUUCCUGAAACAAAGGGCAUGCCUUUAGAAGUCAUCAUUGAUUUCUUUGCUGUUGGUUCAAAGCCUGAAUGA